AUGGGUAACUGUCUAUCUCGCUUUACGAAACACAAGACAACAUCCAGACUCCUAGCUCUCUCACGCGAACUCCGAAACAACAUCUACGCCCACAUCCCCCGUGAUCUGACCAUCAAAUGGCUCUGGAACACCCAGGGCACCACCAGCCCCAGCGACUCAAUCUACGACGUCAUCCAGAUAACCUUCCACAACGCGCCUGAGCACGGCAUCCUUGCAACAUGUACCUGUCUUCGCGAAGAGAUGCUAGAGCAAGACCAACUGCACAACGAAGAGCUAUCUGUCUCCAUCACCAUGCUGACCCGAGUAACAAGACCAAGGUCCACAGAAGAAGUAGAAGAAGCGCAGCAGAAGCAACAAGACGCCACCCGCGCACGCAUCAAAACCGCGUUCCGCAACCAUCCCGCCCUGGGGCCCAAGCAGCACGAUGAGGCUACUCCGGUGGUCUAUAGGUAA